GCGUGCCGGUACAUUGCGAUCAGAGACCCGGUUACGGGCACAGGGCGAGAGCAGGGAGUCGGGAGGCGAGGUGUUCACCCGCGGCACCUGGUUGGGACGACCGGCGCCUCCGACAUCGGGCCCAGCCACACCGGGAGCUGACGGGAACCGCCGCGACCGGAGAUGAUGUCAUGUCGGCUGAUGCUGGCGACGCUGCUGGCUCUGGCGACGCUCGUCACUCCCCGAUCUGCCAGCGCAAAACAGCUGGGGCAGAACCAGCAGCUGGCCACCGAUCUGCUCGACGACAACUACGAUGACACCUACGACCUGGAGCCCGACGGGGAGGAUGUUGAAAAGCGUGACCGAACGUACGGAUUCGGUCUGGGGAAACGGGACCAGAACCGUCCGUACCGCGCCUACGGGUUCGGCCUUGGCAAGCGGGGCCGUCCGUAUAGUACGUACGGGUUUGGGCUGGGGAAGCGCGAGAGAACCUACGGAUUCGGUCUGGGAAAACGAGAGCGAACGUACGGAUUCGGUCUCGGCAAGCGGCAGCCGUCGUACGCGUUUGGACUUGGAAAGCGUCCGUCUGCGUCUCAGUACGCGUUCGGCCUCGGCAAACGAAAUGGCCAUGACGACAUUCCCAACAAGCGACCGACGUACGGGUUCGGUCUGGGGAAGCGCAGCUGGAGCUGGUUCGAGGGCCCGACUCGGGACGUCCUGAAGCGGCCCAGCUACGGCUUCGGUCUGGGCAAGAGGAGUGCGCCGGCGGCGGUCGACGAAGACCUGCUGGACGAUCCGGACACGGCGCUGCUGCUGAUGACGGCGGCGCGGGACCUGGCUGACGGGGAGGCCAAGUCGCCCGCGGGCCGACACAGGGUCGGCUCCGACUCGGGUCAGACACACACUCAGCCGGAGGACGCGUCCUCACAGGAAAAGGGCGUUCGGUUUCAGCUCUAGGGCGGCGAAACAGAGCUCCGGUGAGGGACGAGAAAGCCAGCGAUGAUUGCUGAUGCUGACGAUUGCGCGGGUCAGCUCGGCAGGGAACAAGCAACAUCAAGGACUGAGUUCCUGCGAUAUUGAUUAACCGAGCUGGUAAAGCAGGAACAGAUCGGAGAAGCAUAGACAGGUCUAAAUCAAAUCCGAUCCCAUCUAGCGGUGAAAUGGCGGAAUGGCCGGACAUGCUGUAAGGUCUAGUUCAACAGUCACCGAGGUAUUGCUGUUGGGUAUGUUUUGAGGGUUUGAAUUGAGACUAAGGGGACAAAAAUGCACCUUGUUACAUAAAUACCUUGCCGUAAUUGUGCGAUGUCGUCUCCAAGCGUAUCAAAAAUAAAAACAGAAUUUCCCAGCGAGUUAAUUUGACCUUUGACAAACUCAAAGCACUCACUGUUGCGUGGUGAUUUGUUGAAACGAUCAGCCAUGCGUAAGCCUGGCUGGCGCACUGUGUCAUACUUCAUCGUAACAAAUACAAUAAUAUAUGGCGACUGCUCUAA